GGGCGGUGCCCGCAGCCCGCAGCCCGCAGCCCGCGCCCGGCGGUUCUGUCAGGAAGGCGGUGGCUUCUGCGAGGCAAGAGGCAGAGGGAAACGUUUGCAAUGUGGGCCCGAGUUUGCAUCCCAGCUCUACCACGCUCUACGGGCUGGGGGAGAAUUAGGCCAUUUCUUUAUCCUUAGCCUUGGUUUUCUAAUCAGUAAAAUUGGAAAGAUAACCCACUCACAGGGGCUGUUGUCAAGAUUACAAAGGAUAAGAAGGGGAAGAUAAAAAACUUUUUGAUUCAUGAAGAAUCUGCUUACUAAGAAGUAUAUAUCAAGCCACUGGCCUAAUUUCCAUCAAAAAAGAAGGAAGCUGAGAAUGCAGAGGAAGGUGGACUCCAGGUCUUUUAGGAGUGGUGCAGUUAAGAAACCUUAUCCUCCAAAGAUAUCGGCCAACCAGAAGUCUUCUACCCUCUUGGGGAUCCGGAGUGAGAUACCUAGUGCCAGUCAUCCAGUGCAGUGUCAUGCCUCGCAUGGUUGGACCCGAAAGAACCGGUUACGAGAAUUGCGUAUCAGAUGCGUGGCCAGAAAGUUCUUACAUUUGUGGAUUCGAAUGACUUUUGGAAGAGUAUUUCCCUCUAAAGCCAGAAACAACAGAAGAGACCCGCAUGAGUUCCCUCCAUCACAUCCACCCACUGCCAACAUCUAUCACCAUGCAACCUGCUUUUCCACCAUGAGGUUUUACUAUGAGCAAAGAAUACUACGGAAAGUCUUUGAAGAAUGGAAAGAAGAGUGGUGGGUUUUCCAGCGAGAGUGGAAACUCUGUGUUCGAGCCGACUGUCACUACAGAUAUUACUUGUACAACCUGAUGUUCCAGACUUGGAGGACCUAUGUGCAUCAGCAGCAGGAGAUGAGGAACAAGUACAUUAGAGCUGAGAAUCAUGAUGCAAAGCAAAAGAUGCGGCAGGCCUGGAAGUCCUGGCUGAUCUACGUGGUUUUUCGUAGAACCAAACUUCAGAUGCAGACCACCGCCCUGGAGUUUAGGCAGCAGAGUAUUUUAUGGCUCUGGUGGAGGCGGUGGAGGCAACAACUGGGACAGGUCUGUGUGGGCCAUGCCCUGCAUGCAUCAGCCGUGAAGCACAGGGCCCUGAGCCUCCAGCAGCAGGCUUGGUCACGGUGGUGGGAACAGCUCCUGCAUGUCCAGAGGGAGAGACAGAAGAUGGUCUCUGCAGUGAAACACCAUCAGCACUGGCAAAAGUGGAAAUCCCUGAAGGCCUGGCUCAAAUAUGUGCAGGUCCGCAGAGUGAAGAGGCAGCUGAACGAGAUGGCUGAGCGAUUCCAGCGGGUCACUGUGCUCCAGACACACUUCUGUGAUUGGCAGUGGGCCUGGGAAUGGAAGGAGAGAUUGUCCGCCCAGCAGGCCCGGGUGGAGGGGCUAGCCAGGAGGAUGACUCUGCGGCGGCCCUUUACUCACUGGAAACACUAUGUGCUGCUGUGUGCCGAAGAAGCGGCCCAGUGGAAGGUGGCAGAAGAUCACAGUAGGUGCAGCUUGUUGCACUUCUGUUUUCGAGCCCUAAAAGAAAAUGUGACCCAUGCUCAUCUCCAGCAAAUAAGAAGGAAUCUCGCUCACCAGCAACGAAACAUCACGCUACUACACAGGUUCUGGAACCUCUGGCAGUCUCGGAUUGAGCAGAGGGAAGAGAGAGAGCAGCUUCCCUCACUGUGUGCUGCCUGGGCCCACUGCAGAAUGACAUUGCUACGCAAGUGUGUCAAAUCAUGGUUACAGUAUACUCAGAAGAGGCGGUACAAGCAGCGGCUGCGGUCCAGAGCAGACAGUCACUUCCAACAGAGAGCCCUGCCUGCGGCCUUCAACACAUGGAGAAGAUUCUGGCGAUGGCACCAGCAGGAAAGUGUUCUCAAUGCAAGAGCAGCACACUUUCACAGGGAGACGUUGGAGAAGCAAGUAUUUGCUAUUUGGUGGCAGAAGAUGUUUCAGCAUCGAGAAAACCGCUUGGCGGAGAGAAUGGCCAUCCUUCAUUCAGAGCGGCAGCUUCUGCAAAGGUCCUGGUCCAUGUGGCACCAGCUGGCAGCAGCACGUCACCGGGAAUGGCAGCGGCAAGCAGUGGCCUGUGCCCACCACCGCCACAGACAGCUCAGGAAGGCUUUCUGCAUCUGGAGGGAGACUGCCCGAGGGCUCAGAACUGAGAAGAUGGGCCUAGUGCUGGCUGCAGAGUUCCACGCAGCCCGGCUCCUGCACUGGGCCUGGAGCCGGUGGAGGGAGUGCCUGGCCCUGCGCGCCGCUGAGCAGUGGAAGCUGAUGCGCGCCAGCCUGCACCACCAGCAGGCCUUGCUGCACGGGACACUGCAGACCUGGGUGACUUACCAGAGCCAGGUGCGGAGCAUCCUCCAGGAGGUGGCAGCCAGGGAGAGCCAACACAAGAGGCGGCUGCUGCGGAGUGUGUUCCGUCGCUGGAGAGAGAACACCCUGGCCCGAGUGAAUGAAGCAAAGCAAACCUCCCGAGCAAGCACUCACUACAGGCGAACCUUGUGUUCCAAGGUCCUCGUGCAGUGGCAGGAGGCUGCAUCAGUGCAGAUAUAUUACCGACAGCAGGAGGACUGUGCCAUCAAGGAGGCCCAGAAGGUGCUGGAGAGGGGCUGUCUCAGGACGUGGUUUCGGCGCUGGCGGGACCAAGGCCAGAGGGCGGCCCAGCAGAGAGUCCAGCUUAGGAGGGCGGCUGGGCAUCACGGCCGGCGGCUGCUGCUGCAGACCAUGGCCCGGUGGAAGGCGCACCAUCUCGGCUGUGUCAGGAAGCGGCUCCUACAGAGGCAGGGCGCCCAGCUCCUGGCCCAGACUCGCAGCCGGGCCUGCUUCCACCAAUGGAAACAACAGCUGGCAAACAGGAGGCGGGAGCAGCAGGGCACAGCACGGGCCCUGUGGUUCUGGUCCUUCUCACUACAGGCAAAGGUGUGGGCCGCGUGGCUGGGCUUUGUGCUGGAAAGGCGGAGGAAGAAGGUGAGGCUGGAGCGGGCCGGGCAGGCCUACCACCAGCAGCUCCUCCGGGAGGGUGCCACUCGCCUCUUGCGGUUUGCAGGCGGCAUGAAGGCCUUCAGGCAGCAGCUGCACGCCCAGCAGCAGGAGCAGGCGGCUCACAGUCUCCACUGUGCAGUCCAUCGCUGUGCCAUGCUCUGGAAACAGAAGGUUCUGGGCCAGGGCAAGGAGCCUCGGCCCCCACCCACCAUGCCCCGCAGGAGAGUGACAUUUGACAGUCCCCUUCCCACCUGUGUUGCUGCUGGGGCUGGGGAUGCCACCCUGGAGACCAGGAGGUCAGGAGAUCCUCAUGUGCCCUGUGGGGCUCUGGGCAGCCUGUCCCUGGCUGCCGGGGACCCCCAACUUCUAGAGCUAAAUGCUACCCGCUUGGCAAGAAAGCAGCCUCGACGUCCACAUUUCCUGCUGGAGCCUGUGCAGAGCCAGAGGCCCCAGGGGUGUGGCAGCCUCAGAGGGAAAGGGUCUGAGGCACCUCAGGAGUGCGACCGAGGCCUGGUCUGGCCAGCAGGCCCUUCCCUGAUGAGGCCUUUCCCACCAGAGGCGUGGAUGGCACUGGUCCCAAGCAGCCCUUCACCCCAGUCCAGGGCCCUGCUGGGUCACCCUGGCCUGAAGUUUCCCCCCACAUUGAAGACAGGCCCAGAGCUGCUGCCCCCUUCAUCCUUCAUGCCGCGUGGAGUGGAACCACCUGCCAGGGCCUCGCCAUCCCCAGCCAGUGUCCCUCAGUCCCGCCUGCUGCUUCCUGGGGACUUCAUGGGCACUGGGCGCAGCUCUGGAACCAUGGGUGUGCACCCAAAGCCUGUCAGCACUGCGAGCACUCGGGCCGCUCCUGGUGCCUGGGCUCCCUCCACUCAGCCUUGGCCUAGCCGAGAGGGAGGUCAAGAUCAAGCCUGUUCUAUCACCACGGGCCACAACGACCUGGAGGCUGAGCUUGAGAGCAUCCAGCAGCAACUGCAGGACUACAAGACCAUGAAGCAGAACCUCUCGUCCUGCCAGCGGCAAGCAAGAAGCCUGCGCAGGUGGCUGGAGCUGAGCCAGGAGGAGCCCAGGCCUGAGGACCAGGAAGCAGAGCAGCAGGUGCAGGAAGAACUACAGGAGGUGGAGCUGCAGAUCCAGCAGCUGGCCUCUGAGCUCCAGGCCCAGCGCCAGCCCAUCCGCGCCUGCAUCACCCGUGUCCAGGCCCUGCGGCGGGCUCUGUGCUAGUCACUGCCCCCAGGAGGCCUCAGCCCACCUCCA